AUGGACGAGUAUCCCUUCGAAGACAUCGAGUCAUUGGGUGUAACCAUAGCAUAUUCGUUGUUCUCAAGAUUCGGAUUCUAUCUCUUUGACAUUCUAGUGACAGGAUGGGCCCAAUCAAUCUUCUAUGCCGUGUGGAUACGCGCAGGUGAUCCCAGGCCUCAACCCGGAACCAGGACAUUCGUGCAGCACCGUAGGAGAAUCAACAUUAUAGUCAUUAUGGCCUACCUCCUCUACACAAUCUACGAAGCCGAUUUCCAACUCCGCACGGCAGGAAACUUGUACCAAGACCUCGGUGUGGGACUGGGAGUUGACGACAGAGGAAUCAACAGUCGCUUCAGAAGACUAACACUCCUCCAUCACCCAGACAAAGUAUCCCCAGACACCGACCGCAGCGCCGCAGAAUCCUACUACGUGCACCUCAAACUCUGCCGCGACAUUCUCAUCGACCCAACAAAGCGUUUCGCCUACGACCGCCUCGGCCCCGAAACCCUCUUCUGGCAAAAAGCAACCACAAUUCCCGAUUACCUUUCUAUCGGCCUACGCAACCUUUUGAUGUACUACACCGGCACUGCUGGCGUAUUGACUCUUCUCGGUUUCCUCGGCUACAUCAAGCAAGCCGCCUUUUGGAGAUUUAUGGCCUUGGCGUCGUUGGGUGUGUUUGAAGUGUAUUGUUUGACCAGCACACAGUUUCCUCGCUUGUUGACACGGCUGGCAAACCCAGUGUUUGCGAUCAUACCCACUCAUCCCCCAUUCUUACCCUUUCAACUCGUGUCGCUGCUCAGAAAAUUGGUCUUGACGGCUUUCAUCGCAUUCUCGCAGAUUGGGCCUUUGUUGGCUUCUCCAGAGGCGGCUGCUGCUGCUGCUGAGCAGAAUGAUCAGGUUUCCCAGCAGCAGUUGCAGAGAUUGGGUGCUUUGGGCCAGGCGCUGGAGAAUGAGGCUAAUAUGCUCAUGGGAUUGGAGAUGACGCCAUUUGCGAAUGAUGAGGCUGCGAUGAGGGAGAUGAGAGGGAGGAUGAAGAGGUUUUUGGUCGACAAUACCGUGAGGAGUAAUGUCGAGGUGAGGAAUGCCAUGGGUGAGGCAAUUGCCAGGAGGAGGCAGGGUGUGCCGCAUGGUGCUGUCGGUGCUAGAUAG